AUGGAGUAGUCAUUCCAUAACUGGCAAGGAAAGCGAGAAGGUUGGCAUCCCAAAGCCCUCACCUUAAAGGAUUAUUUCAAGUGAACAGAGAGAUAUACUUAAGAAAGCCGGCUAUGUAUCUAAACAGGUUACUAUGGGCAUUGCUUAUAGCUAUUCUAGCAAUACAAACGCUAGCUAAAAAAGAAGAACCAGUAGAACUGGAAGAAGAGGAAUACGAAGACGAAAUUGAGGAGCCAGAAGGGAAAGAAGCACUUCAGGCUGAUGCAUCUGUCUAUGGUCCUCUGGUUGGAGGAGGAAUCGGAUAUGCUCAUGGAGGAGCAGAGGGUUACUCAGGCAAGGGAGGCGAAGGAGGCGGUGGAGGUUUUUCCAAAUAUGGAGGCUCAGUCUCCCACCAUGAUCACGAACAUGAUGGUGGCUUUAAAGGAUACUCUGGAUACGAUGGCCAUGGUGGUGAAGUCGGUGAGAAAAAGCAUGGAGUUCAUGAAGAACAUGCUGACAUUGUUGAUCAUGGUGGCCAUAAGAAAUUUGUUGAAGAUCACGGAGUGCAUGGGGAAGGAAUUAAGAAAGGAGGACAUUCUUUCGGCAAGGAACAUAAUGAAGGGGGUCAUAAGGGACAUGCCGUUUCUGGAGAAUUUUUCGAUAAAUAUGGAAAGGAUCAGAAAGGAGUCGUCAAUGGUGGAUCCUAUCAAGAUGGUGUAGUUGCUUCUGAAAAACAAGGAGGUCAUGGACAAAAGGGAAACAAAGUUGGAGGUGAAAUUUUCAAGGAUAAGGGUCACAAAAGCAGAGGGUUCAAAAACGUUUAUCACAAAGAGGAACAUGGAGAACAUAAAACCUUCCAUGAUGAUUUCCAUGAUAGUGACUACAAGAAGAAAUACCAGGAUCAUCAUGAUUUCUACGAUCAUCAUGGAGCUAAAUUCCAGAAAGGCUUCGGGGGCAAGAAUUAUCAUGAUGAGAAGAAACAUGGCGAUGACUAUCACAAAUUUGGUAAAUCUGGAAAUGAGAAAUAUGAAGAUGGUCAUCACAAGAAGGGAGGAGCCCAUCACAGUGCCAUCGAUGCACAAAAACACAAUGGAGGUGCUCACCAAGUUGCACAUCACGAAGCAGGACACCAUAACAAAGGACAUCUGUCCAAACACUCUGAUGGCUACGGCGGCAACUUUGGAGGAGGAGGAUAUCACAAACAAGUGUACGCACAUGAUGACAAGCAUCUCAAGGAUCACGAUGCCACUCAUGGAGCUGCCUAUGGAGGUCAUCAUGGUGGACAUGGUGGAGAAUAUGGUGGAUAUAGAGGAGGUGGUGGACAUGGAUACCAUGUUAAGCAACCCAUUUACUAUGGUCAUUAUUAGAUCAUCAAAAACAGAUAUAAGAGCUGACAACUGCAGCAUAAAUUUUUGCGGGUAUAGCUUUUUGUAAUUUAUAGACUCAUUUAAUUGGGUAUCGGUUGUCAACACUGGUCAGUUGCUACAUUGCUUAUACUUUAUGUUUGUUUUACUUUUUGUUAUCGUGAUGUUUCAGCAUUUUUUUUAUACAUUUUCUCCAAGUAUUUUUUUUCACAAAUUGAUAUUCAAUUUUUAUCAUCUAAUAUAAGACAAUCUAAGAUAUCUGAAUUUGGCUUAUUUCCAGUCUUAAUUUCUAUAAUAUUAUUCUACUAAAUUUUUACGUACAAUGUAUUAUUUUUGUUCGAAAAAUAUCGGCAAAAUUAAAUAUUUCAAAAUUAUGAGGACCUCUAAGUUAACUGUAUGUUAGCAUAAGCUAGUUUGUUCUGUACUGAAAAUAUUUAAAUUUAUUAGAUAAAACGAAAUAUAUGAAGGCAUUACAGAUUUGUAUGCUUUUGUAACAUAAAAUACUCUUCUGACACUAUAUCAAAUGUUGUGUAUUUUAACAAAUUCUCUUACGUGUUUUUUUUU